CGCCGCCCAUUGGCCGCCGCCACCGCCGGCGGCGCUGCAUAUUCAUGAGGGGCGGGGCGGACGGCGAUUGGCGGGCGCGGCGGAAGGGGCGGGGCCGGGCCGUGUGGGGCGGUGAUGGCGGCGCGGCGCGGAGCUCUGAUCGCGCUGGAGGGCGUGGAUCGCGCCGGGAAGAGCACGCAGUGCCGGCGGCUCGUGGAGGCCCUCAGGGAGGCCGGGCACCGCGCCGACCUCCUCCGCUUCCCGGACAGGACGACAGAGAUUGGGCAGCUGAUCAGCUCCUACCUGGGGAGGGAGAAGAACCUGGAGGACCACACCAUCCACCUGCUCUUCUCUGCCAACCGCUGGGAGCACGUGCCAAUGAUGAAGGAGAAGCUGCAGCAGGGGAUCACGGUGGUGGUUGACAGAUAUGCCUUCUCUGGAGUGGCCUUCACAAGUGCCAAAGGGAACUUUGGCCUGGACUGGUGCAAACAGCCUGAUGUUGGGCUCCCAAAGCCAGACCUGAUCCUGUUCCUCCAGUUAAACCCAGAAGCAGCAGCAGAACGAGGCAACUUUGGACAGGAACGUUAUGAAACCAGCUCCUUCCAAGAGAAAGUUCUUCAGUGCUUCUAUUGCCUCAUGGAGGACAAGACCCUCAACUGGAAGACAGUGGAUGCUUCAAAGAGCAUUGAAGACUUGCACAGAGAAAUCAAGUCCAUUGCAAAGGAAACUAUGCAGGAGGUUCAGAAUAAACCUUUGGGAGAACUCUGGAAAUGAAACUUCAUACAUGUCAAAAAGAAUAAGGGAAAGGUCACUUGGAUCUUCUGCACUUGGAUGACUGUGACAUGCCAGCAGCUUCAGCUUAGAUCCUGUGUAUUCUUUUGGGUCCAACAUGCUGCUGAUGUCCUUGUUAUCAUCUGUUCCUCCCUUCCAGCCUGCAGAGUCCCUUCUGCAUUUUUGAAAUGAGCAUGUCAUGAGUGUGUAUCAAAUUCCUUGUCAAAACCUCCCUCUCCCAAGCUCCUGUUCCAGCUCCAGUCCUGGAGUGCAGAUGUGGGUGUGGAGCUCAGGGCCAUCCCUGGACACAGACAGUUCCCAUUUUUAGGGAACUGCCACGUUUCUGAUCAUUCUUCCUCUCUAGAAAAUGCAUCCCCCCCAUGCUCAAACCAGUUUGUAGAAGAUUUGCUAAUAAAUUACUCUUUUAAACAUUUGG